UGUCAGAUAGAGCAAUGGCGGGUGAAGAAGAGAAUUCACUGGAUGGAGGAACCUAUUCAGAACUACUAUUUGCCGACGACAAUGAUGGCCUAGCAGGAUGUUUCAAUUUCACUACUUCAUCUUCCCCAAAAAUGCUCUGUUUUGGUACUGAUACUCCUGUACUUGAAACUUGUUCUGUACAAACACCAGAACAAAAAACCCCAAAAUCUGAACUCAAAUGCAGUGGAGAUUCACCAUCUGCUUGUUCAAGUAGCAACAUCAGCAAGCCUAACAACUCCAAUAAAAAGCGAAAUGGGGCAGAGAGAGAAUCAGUUGAAAAAACAAAAGGUGGAAAUCAGAGAAAUUGCAAGAGGACAAAGAUGGUAGAAAAUUCAAAUGUGACAACUCAGGCAAAGGUUAAGAAAGAGAAGCUUGGUGAAAGAAUCACAGCAUUACAACAACUUGUAUCUCCCUUUGGCAAGACAGAUACAGCAUCAGUGCUACAUGAAGCGAUGGGAUAUAUCAGGUUUUUGCACGAUCAGGUUCACGUCUUGUGUUCUCCUUACUUGCAGCGCCACAGUCAGAGCCAGAGCCAGAGACAGACUCCCUCUUUACGUGAGGGAGGAGAAACGGAAAAUGAGGUGUUGCUGAGGAGCAAAGGACUUUGUCUAAUCCCAGUAGAGCUGACUGUCCAUGUAGCUGAUACUACUCUCAACGGCGCUGAUUUUUGGUCACCUGCCGCCAUGAUGAACAAUAAUAUUACCCAAUGA